AUGGGUUAUUCAAAUAAUGCAAUGAGUGCAAUGCUUAGAAAACGCAAAAGUAGAGAGAAUGAGACUCCUGAUAAACGUGAAAACCGCUGUACUCGUGAUCAACAACGUAGAACACGCUUGAAUAGAGAAAAUGAACAAAAGCGUCAAAAGAGAUUGUGUAAAAAACGUACUUUAGAAACUGCUGAUGAACAUCUUAAUCGUCAAGAACAAGAAAAGAUUAUGCAAAG